AACAAAUACGACAGUCGCGUAAUAUCUUCGUAGUAAAACGGACGCCGUUGACGUAUUGUGCGUUGAUUUCGUUGAAAAUAAUUGUUUGUGUGCCAAAAGUACGUAUGAAAUGGUUAUUUAAGUGACUUUGAGUAGUUUAAGAUCGAUUUCGAAUGUUCUGAGAACGCCGAACGGCGUUUAUUAUCGCGUUUUUCGCAGUGGCGUGACUCGAUAUUUUAUUCUGCGAAUAAUCUACACACACGCCUUUCUAAAGCGUGUUCGCGUUGUUGCCUAUCGUAUCUGCAAACAUAAACAAAAUGAGUGCUCGAGUUUUCAAACCUAUCGCGUUUGCAGAAAUUCCAAAAAUACGGUCGUCACCCUCGAUCGAGGGGAGUUUCGUCUACAAGGGUUUCGCGAAAGUGCGACGCUCGUUGUUCAAUGCGGACCCGGGGGAGACGAGGCGUUUCGUUGACGAAGAACUGGCCAAAUUGGCGAACGAUAAGUGCGAGAAAUGGGAAUUCGAUUUCGUCGCGUGCAAACCAAAGGACGUAAUCGGGAGAUACGAGUGGCACAAGGUCACACCUCCGAAAGUGGUGAGCGUACCCUCGACCCCCAAGAAACACAAUUUGUUCGACAGCCACCAGGAGGUGGUGUGCAACGAAUUUCUGUAUCCCCCGAUCGAAUCCAGUAGCCGGACGAGCGUCGAUGACGACGAUACGAUAUCGGAAUUUUCGGAUAUUCACACCCAGCCGAACAUACCCAAGAAACAGAGCCUAAUUACAGAUUUUAUGCAAACCAGGAAGCGGUGCGAGGAACCUUCGCUUAAGAAAAAACUUAAACGUAACACCAACGCCUCCAAACCAAAAAAGUUGGUGAGGAUGUCCCUUGCCGAUUCCGGAAGUUGAAAUGCUGUACAUCACAACUACCAACCCCACAUACAUGUUACAAAUUAAAGAUCUCGUAUUAUUAUUGAAAAUUACGUGUACAGUACAAUUUUUUUAAAGAAUUUAUUACUAUUUAAGUUGUACAGUUUUUGAGUUUGUUUGAUUUUAUUUCUGUACUAUGUAAUAUAAAUUGUGUAUAAUUUGUAUUUAUUUUCAAUUUGAUCUCCAAAAUUACUCGUUUGGAAGUAAUAUGUAAUACUAAUUGCCCUAUACGGUUACCUAAACAUUGUACAAAGUCGCCUAAGAUUAUUUCGGUUCCUAAAUCUACACUUGUGUAACGUUCUGAUCAAAACCUCCGUAACUGUGUGAUUCUUCUACGGGGUCUCUAUUGUAAAGUAUGCCAUUACCUAAUUAUUGUA